CCGCGCGUCGCGAAGAUUCAUUACCCAAAUUCUUCGCCUCCCGAUCUCCCCCAUGACUCCCAUCAGACAAUGAGCUAUAGCUGUCCGGGAUGGAAGCCAAAUCCCGAGGAGUUUGCGGGCAGGAAGGGUGCCGUGAAACUCGGUACUUUAUCGAGAAUGGCCUCUGGUACUGUCGGCGAGGUCACCAACAGGAGGGCAUGCAAGUCGGGGAAGAUGCGGAUGAUUUUGGCACACAGGGCAAAGUGACUCGUUUAAAGAAGCCUGUGAGAGAGAAGCCACCCAAGACCUACAAGGGGAAACAUGCGUAUCUUCUAUUUCUCCACAUCUAUCAAUUGAUUCUCUGGAAGCAAUGUCACGCCUUGGUCCAAGGCCAAGGCUUCCCAGCUAAAUUGGAGAACAUCGUCCGCGAUCUAUGGGCGCUCCGUUUGGAGACCCUUUCGGACAAAAUCAAUACUUUCUCGGAGAAAGAUGAACCGGAGUUUUUCAGCAGCUCCCAGCCGGCGGCGGCGACAGGGGCAGAGAAGCACAUUGAGGCUCCCAAGAUUGGGUCGAAGUACCUCCAAUGGCCGCGUCUCAUCGAUAGCAUCGCCCUGUGCUAUUUGGCGGCUUUGCUGAUGAGGAUUCCGAUUAGCAUUGCGGAUUUCCACAGGAUGCUCAUGCGGGGGGAGGUCCCGUUUUUGAGAAUUAUAUUGGCGAUCCCCCGGGAGAUGAGGGACAGAUUGCCCCAAGAAUAUCUUUCGCUCCUGGAAACUACUAGGUUGCCAAAAGCGGAACAUCUUCACAAAGCCGCUCUGGACCUUUCCGUGUGGUAUAGACACCAGUUUGGGAUGGAGUUUCCAGGGCUGAACCUACCCCCUCUUUUAUAUCGCUAUAUAAAACGGCUUGCGGUACCCAUUGAGAUUUACACGGCAGUGCACAGAUUAAACACCAUCACAAGGUUUCCUUUUGCCUUUCCCGAGCGUGUCACUGGCAGAGUCACGGCCCUGCAUCUACCAGAAGUACAACUAGCCACACUGAUUGUCAUAUCGACCAAGCUAUUUUUUCCCUUCGACGACAUCAAACGAUAUCCCCAGUCGACGCGGGAGCCCAGCUCCCAGGUUGUCAACUGGGAACUGUGGGCGCAGGUCCAGAGGCACUUCGAUGCCCGAGAGACCUCAGGAGGACGCAUUGGAAAGGGCAAAGAGGUCCUCGUAAACGACAGUGACGUGUUCAACAUGUCAUCGGCUCAGCUAGACGAGUAUAUGGAUUGGUACGAGAGCUCCUGGCUGGAUGUUAGCCGCGGAAACUCAAGUUUCCUAGCAGAUCUCUUCCCCCUCGGUCGGAUGCGCGGGAAGUCCAGACCGCCGAGUCAGGCAGGGCCUGCUGAUACCCACGAGGACGAGGAAGAGGCAAUAGAAUCGAUGAUCCAAACGGUCUCGAGCCAACUGAAACCACGCAGGGCCAUCAGGGCCCCGGACCCAGAUGUCCUCCGGCCCGGUGCAGAAUACCAGCGGUAUCGUUUGGACUCGGACCUCUCUGACGAGGCCGAACCGUUUUACGAGACCGUUGCUAAAGUCACGGGAAUAUCCCUGUCGACCCUUGUACGGGUCGUCCAUCAGACUGAGUCGAAAAUCUCUCGAUGGGUAGAUGACCAAAGACGGGAAAGCAACUUUAUGGAGUCGUCGGAUGCGUGGCUAGAGGGGGAUGAUCCGGCUGAUGAUCAAAGUUUGCCUGAGUUGGACGAUGAUUCUUGAG